GUGUGACGUGUCUUGUGAACUUUCAAAACUAAGCAUGCAGAGGCCACUGGGAAUUCCAAACAGACCAGAUGAAGGUGGCACAGUCGGGAGAACAGUGAGAGUUACUUCAAAUUGUUGGGACCUUGCUUUCCAUCAGAAGACGGUAUAUUUGUACUUUGUUGAGGCGAUCUCAGUAUACCGUCUGGACUCAAAGGAGGGCAGUAAGACGGAGAUAAGAAUGCCACCGAGGGAGUUGCGAUCUCUGACACAACAAGUAGCUAGCUCCUUUCCAGAUACGGUGGUAUAUGAUGGAGGGCACGCAAUAUACUCUGAAGACCCGUUAACGGGUGUUACAACGGACCCUGUGGAGAAGGAGAUGGAGAUCGAAGACCCGCUUGGUCGUGAUCGCCUUCUCCUAAAGUAUCGUAUUAUGGAAGUACAGCGAGUGUCUACUUCUGAUGUUGAUCAUUUUAUAAAGAAUCCGAAGGCGACUUCGAUGAAUAUGCCCCAGGAGUCCAUCAGGCUACUGGAUUGUAUUCUGAAAACAGUCUCUAGACAGUCGUUCGUUUCUGUUGGACGUUCAGCCCUGUUCGAGGCGAAACCGAUUAGAGUUGUCGCGGAUAAACUCUUCAGCAUCCAUAAAGGUUUUAUUAGUAGUGUGCGACCUCAGUGGAAGGUCCGUGUAAACUUGGAUAUGACGUGCAAGGCGUACUUUACGUCUGAGAAUUUGGCGUUGUUAUUUCCGCGUUGUUGAUGAUGCACUAGGACUGAGUACUGACGACGUGAUGAUGUUGCUUACUCAUGAUGCAAGAGGCGGAGAGAAGUCGAGGAGAAGGAGGAGGAGCAUGUUGAAUGAGUGCUCGUUAGGUGAUUUCCACUGUCAGCAGCUAACUUAGUUAGCUUUCUCAACACUGGAAACUGAUUUCCAUCUGCACACAGGGAUACGUUGGAAACUAGGGAUGAGAAUGGAAGCAUGAUAUUAGACGAGUUGUUUGGUUCGAGGUGUCUGAUAUCCGUUGUGUUAGCC